AUGGCUAAGGAUGAGUUGCGAGAGAUUGUGGCUGAGCUGAUAGCUGCAUAUAGCGACCCAGAUCUUCAAAGGAAGAUUAGAGACAUCUACGAGACUCGAUUGCACCGUCCGCUGGAAUGUUCGGUCGCAGAGAAGCAGAGAAGAGCUCAGCUUCAGGCCAGUGCUGCAGGUGUCGCUUCGGAGGAUCACAUGGCCGAGCUUCGAGAACUUUUGUGGCCUUGCCAGACCGACAUUGCCGAGGCCUACGGGCUGCCUGGCACCACGGAAGGGCUACAGCGUAUCCAAAACUCCGUGCAGAGACGAAUCACCGAAGGUGACAUCGAGAUCAGAUGCCUGGCUGAUGAGGCGCUGAUGCUGAUUGGCAUGAGCCCUCUGCAGAACAUCAUCCAAGAGGUGAAAGCUGAGGCCGGCAUGGCAGAAAUCCCACUUAGCCUCUUGCAGCCCUCUGAGCUUUUUCAUCACACGGAUGCACUCUUGGACGUGGCGACUGCACGGGCUCGCGGUUUGAUGGCGGCUCGGCGCCUCAAGGAGGAGCGGAACCCUCCGGGCGGCCUCACUUGCGGAUUGUUACGUACUUGGGCGGCAUACGAGAAGCUAGGGCUGGCGCCUCAGCACAUCAUCAGCACGGAGCCGCCGCCUGUGGCGCGACUCAAGAACCCCACAGCCGCCCAGGUCUGGGAGUUUGUACUGCGAAACCAGCCUGUCAUCAUCGAGGGCGCAUGCAAUCCCAAAGACUUCCCUCCAGCCGCCGACUUCGCGGAUUUCGACUACUUGCGAGCCCGAUGUGGACAUCGCUAUGUCAAGGUGAAGGGCGAUUCUUGCUGGGACAACAAGGGGCGACAGCUGUUCCUCAACGACCCCACGAUUGAAAUCUCUGUGUCCGAUUAUUUGGAUCUGGUAGAAGUUGCCGAAGAGCACGAGACCUGCAUCUCCUGGUACAUGGGGAAGCUGCCACUGCACACAGACCUACCAGAGCUUUUUGAGGACAUCAACAACUCUCCGAAUUCCCCGUGGCGAAAAUACGGCACCUGCUUUGGAGAGAACAACAAGGGAGUGCACACCUAUUUCGGCUGUGGUGGGAACACCACUUGCAUCCAUUCCGAUCCAUCGGAGAAUCUGUUACUGGUUGUGAUGGGUGAGAAGUUCAUGGACAUCUACCCACCUUGUGACGCAGCCUGCAUGCACACAACUGUGAAGAAGUUCCUCAACUCACUCGUACCACCCUUCAUCGAUCCGAACCACGUGCCGGAGGAGGUUGACAAGAACUGGGGCAACUACAAGUAUGCACAGCCCCAGAAGGUCCACCUGAAAGCUGGAGACCUGUUUUACCUUCCAAUCUUCUGGUGGCACUCCGUCCAAGGCUCGAUUGGGAGGAAUAUGAUCCUGAACUGGUGGUGCCUCCAGCACCCCUACAAGGAGCACAGAUAUACAGGCUACGAGGGUGCCCGCGAGGUUUUGGAAGUUCUACAGCACCUGAACGAGGCCUGGUCCUCCAACGACAAAUCGGCAGCAAGCGCUCAGGAGCGCUCAGUGGCCCAAGAGCUGGGAAAUGGCGUUCUCUACUCCGACUCUAUGUGUGCGGCGAGCAACAGCUACAAAAAGCUGGUUGCGCCACCGGUCCCAAAGUCCGUCUCGCAGGAGAACCGUGGCAUAAACCUGAACUCCAUGUCACUCGGGCCGACCAAGGCGGGGAGCGAAGUCUUGUGUCGCCUCUUCUGGAUCUGCGCCUACAAGUGGCUUCCGAUGGAAAUCGUCCCGAUGACGCGCGAGGCGGAGGACUGGACUGUUUGGCUGUUGAAGCAAGGUCGCUCCACGGUUCACAACCUACGCCUUGUGGACAGAAGGGACCUGGCCAGGCAACAGGAAGAAGAGCAGAAGAGUUUCGGAGAGGCGGAACGCCGAAGUUACGGUGGUGUUUUAUACAAGUGCACGCCGGAGACUCUUCUGCGGGUUGUGAUGACGACAUUCGAGCUGGCGCGUGCUGACUUUAACGACUGCACGUCGGCACUCGUCGAAAAAGGUGAAAAGAAGGAGUCGAGAGCAGUGAGAGGGCGUGUGCAUGCCGAGUUCGAGCAUGUGUUCCGUUCGAGCACGGACCCUGGCAGGGUCGAGUCGACCUUGCGGUGUGCCUUGCGAGGAUUUUGGGGUCAGCGAGCUAGCAACUCCAGAGCCGAGUUGGUAAUGACAGAGGCCGAUGCGCCAGAGCAAACUGGCACAGCCGAGCCGACGACUUUCAACAUCGAGGAAGCUUUGGAGUCUUUCCUUGCCGAUGUGAGCUGCAAGGAGCUGCGGCUUCCGCCUCUGGAUCCCGAGCAGCGCAAGCAGGCGAAGAAGCUGGCGGAGAAGUAUCCGGAGAUCAAGUGCGAGAGCUAUGGCUUCGGCGAGGAACGUAGGCUGCAUCUCUUCAAGUCCUCUGCAGCUCUGAAAACCGGCCUGGCAAAGGAAGGUUCGCGGGAAGUGCAGCGAACGGAGUCUGCUUCGGAUCAGUCAACAGCCGUUUCAGGAGCAACUUCACCCGACUCUGCAGAAGACGCUGCCGGCGGUGUCUUUGAGGACGUCGCGGCACUGCCAUCGAACCUCUACCAGGUCAGGAACACUUUCAUCCACAUUGAGGAGCAGGGCGUGGCAGAUCAGCGCAACAUCCAGUCCAUGCCUCACGGCAUGUUUCGGCAGCGCCUACAAGAAGAGGCCACGCAAAGUGCGCCAGGCCGCGCUACAGGCCCGGUUCCGGAGUCAACUUCGGUGACACCUUCCAUUCCGGAGGUCCCAGAGGUCACGAAGGACUUCGCUCCCGGUACAGAGGUGGUCAUCGAAGGAUUGCAGAAGUUUCCGGCUUUCAACGGGCUUCGCGGCACAGUUCAGCUGCUGGACAAGACAACAGGUCGCUACAAUGUGCAGCUCUCUUCUGCCGAUGGGCCCCUCGAGCAGAUCGCGAAGAUCAGGGGUGACAACCUUCGAAUGUUGGUGCCGCCGCCUCCACCAUUCGAGUCCAGCGUCACGGUCAAGGUGGAGACGCCGUCAGCAAUGCAUGCGAGGGCGCCCGACUUCGUGCCGAUGCGGCAGAUGGGCUUGACAAACAUUCCGCCCAACCCUCACUGGCAGGAUCCCCAUGCGGUGCCUCCUUUGUACACAGGAGAUCUUCACUGCCAGUACGACCCGUAUGUGCACCCAGCACAUGCGUAUCCUCCGCCGGUUCCUCCUCCUGUGAAGUACGCAGCUCGCUGA